AUAUAUUGAUAGAAAGUAUCUAAAUAAAGAAGAAAAAUAAGCAAAAGAGAAAACAGGAAAGGGGUUCAAAAGAUAAGAACUGCGCAGACGUGGUUUAUGUCCUGAAUCGCUCAAGUCCCGUCAAGCAGAGGGAGUGAAACAGCACCUGCUGCCAUUCUGGCAUUACGUCAAUGGUGGAUAUCUCAUUCGCUGGUUUGGGAGGAGUUACCGUGACCGCCAUUGUUACAGCUCCUUCAUAUCGAAGAACGUGAUCAGUGAAUUUGUAUCGUCGAAAUUCUCUGUUUAAACAAAUUGUCUCUCUUCUAGAUUUCUAUAACGACGGUACACGAUAUUAGUGAGCGCGCUCUGAGCAUAGCAUGUCCACAAUGAAUCCCGAGUAUGAUUACCUGUUUAAGCUGCUUUUAAUUGGAGAUUCAGGAGUUGGAAAAUCCUGUCUUCUACUCCGUUUUGCUGACGAUACGUACACGGAAAGUUAUAUCAGUACUAUUGGUGUAGAUUUCAAAAUAAGAACAAUCGAUCUAGAUGGAAAGACAAUAAAGUUACAAAUCUGGGAUACAGCGGGUCAAGAACGAUUCAGAACAAUUACAAGUUCUUAUUACAGAGGUGCACACGGUAUUAUUGUUGUUUAUGACUGCACAGAUCAGGAAACCUUCAAUAAUGUUAAACAGUGGUUGGAGGAAAUCGAUCGUUAUGCGUGUGAUAAUGUAAAUAAGCUGCUGGUUGGCAACAAAUGUGAUCUUCAUACUAAAAAAGUUGUUGAUUACACAACAGCAAAGGAGUAUGCAGAUCAGCUUGGUAUACCAUUCUUGGAAACAUCUGCAAAGAAUGCAAUGAAUGUAGAACAAGCUUUCAUGACAAUGGCUGCAGAAAUAAAACUAAGAGUGGGUCCACCGUCGAGUGGUAACAGUGAUCCAGCAAAUAAAGUGAAGAUAGAACAUGGACGUCCGAUCGAAGCCUCUAAAUCAGGGUGUUGCUGAGAAAUGUAAUUUUAUAUCUCUGUAACCAAAAAGGACAUCUUAUGAUAGCAGUUUUAUACUGCUUAAGAAAACAUUACCAGAAGAAACAAGAACGUUCAUGAAAGUUUCAGUUUACAUUUAAAAAAAAAAAUGAGGUGUGAAGCAUUAUCAAUUACGGACCACCAACUCUAUUAUAGAGUUGAAUAAAAUAAUUUUUGUUCUAUCUUUUUUUCGAGAAAGAACAUUAUUCACUCAUUAAUGUCUAGUGCGAUAUUCGACCAUAGAAAAAAAUUCGUCGAAUUAGCAUUGAAGAUUAUUUUUUACGCGAUGAUGCGUUUAACGGCAAUUCGAGUUUAAAGUAAAUUAAAUAAUAUUGUGUAUCGUGAUUAUAAAGAUAAGCAUUCUUAUUUUUUAGCGUAAUUGUAACAUGUAUAAUUGAAUGGUUUUUUGUCUUAGAAAGGGAGUCAUUCUUAUCUUCUGUACUACCCAAACAUUUUUCCAUAUUUUAUUCCAAUCUUGUGAGAGAAACGAAAACAAAACUAACAGUAUACAUGUCAGAAACAUGUCAUUAAUUGCUGCCUCCCUUUUUUUCAGUGCUCAUUAGUGUAAUUUAAUAAUGAUAUAUUAAUAAACAUUUCAACACUAAUACAAAACGUGAAAAUAGUAUACUUAAUUGUAUAAGAACAAUUAAAAAAUGUUACACAUGCUCCCAUUCUGUAACUUCUGUAAAAGUUACAUGAGUUUUUUAAACUUGUGCUACAUACGAAGUUCAUAAAAUUGUUCGCCUAUACGUAUAAAUACGUCGUAUAGUUUGUAAAAUGUUCAAGCGCUUUACAAAUUCGAUAUACUUUGCCUUGUUUCUAAAUAAUAAGGGUAUAUCAUAGUUAUUUGUUUCAUAAGAACUUGUAAAAUGAAAAUUUUAGCUAAAAUAUUAUCUUUCCUUUUUGUAUCAGUUCCUUGCUGUUGAAAAAAUCUAAUUAACAACAUUUUAUAUUUCAUAUUCAUUACUAGUUGUUCUUGCUUUUAUAUAAUGAACAUAAUUAAAAAACGUUUAAUAAAUCAGGUUACUCUAACAAAGCUUUGUACUAUGCAAUAAUAAUACCAAGAAGAUUUUAUAUAUCAUAUAUUAUUCUGGUUUUUAUUAAAAGAAAGAAAAGACAUAUUUUGUAUAAAAUCAAUAUAAAAUUGCAAUUAAUCCCACUUUUGUAUUGUUAUGAAAAAAGAAAAGGAAUAAGAAUAUUUGGAAAGCAUAAGGGGUUUCUUCUAUUAUCGUGCUACUAAUUUAUUAUGUUAAUUCAUAAAUAAAAAUGUAUGAAACUUCACAAGGACACAUGUAACAAGUAAAUGUAUAAUCACAAAAAAUAAAAGUCAUGUAUAA